AUGCCGUUCCUAGUUCACCACUUUCCGGGACUACUUCUGCUGCUCUUAGCCCUGCUGCUGCUGCCGCCCCCCACAGCCUCCAGCUCCCUGGCCCGCCGUGCUCCCGCGGCCCUUCCUGGGUUCCGAAGGCUGGGGACUCGCGUCCCAGCGGGCAGCCCUGGGCGCCGCCCUGCUCCCACCGGCGCGCCUUACUCGGGAGCUAGUGAGCCCGGCGAGGCCCGCAGCGCAGGUGUUUGCAAGAGCAGGCCCUUGGACUUGGUGUUUAUUAUCGAUAGUUCUCGUAGUGUCCGGCCACUGGAAUUCACCAAAGUGAAAACUUUCGUUUCCAAAAUAAUUGACACUCUGGACAUUGGGGAAGCAGACACGCGGGUGGCAUUGGUGAACUAUGCUAGCACUGUGAAGAUUGAGUUCAAUCUCCAGACAUACUCAGAUAAGCAGUCCCUGAAACAGGCCGUGGCUCGAAUCACACCUUUAUCAACAGGCACCAUGUCGGGCCUGGCCAUCCAGACAGCAAUGGAUGAAGCCUUCACAGUGGAGGCAGGAGCUCAGGGGUCCCCUUCCAACAUCCCUAAAGUGGCCAUCAUUGUGACAGAUGGGAGGCCCCAGGACCAAGUAAAUGAGGUGGCAGCUCGGGCUCGGGCAUCUGGUAUUGAGCUCUAUGCUGUGGGAGUGGACCGGGCAGAUGUGGAGUCCCUUAAGAUGAUUGCCAGUGAACCCCUAAGUGAUCAUGUUUUUUAUGUGGAGACCUAUGGGGUCAUUGAGAAACUUUCCUCGAGAUUCCAGGAAACUUUUUGUGCUAUGGAUGCAUGUAUGCUUGGUACACACCAGUGCCAGCAUGUAUGUAUCAGUGAUGGGAAAGGCAAUCACCACUGUGAGUGUAGCCAAGGAUAUACCUUGAAUGCUGAUAAAAAAACGUGUUCAGCUAUUGACAAGUGUGCUCUUAACAAUCAUGGAUGUGAACAUAUCUGUGUGAAUGACAGAACUGGCUAUUAUCACUGUGAGUGCUACGAAGGUUAUAUUUUGAAUGAAGACAGAAAAUCUUGUUCAGCUCAAGAUAAAUGUGCUUUUGGUACACAUGGGUGUCAGCACAUUUGUGUGAGUGACAGAGCUGGGUCCCAUCACUGUGAAUGCUAUGAGGGCUACACUCUGAAUGAAGACAAAAAAACAUGUUCAGCCAUUGAAGAAGCACGAAGACUCAUUUCCAGUGAAGAUGCUUGUGGGUGUGAAGCCACACUGGUAUUCCAGGACAAAGUCAGCUCAUAUCUCCAGAGACUGAAUGCAAAACUUGAUGACAUUUUGGAGAAGUUGCAAGUAAAUGACUACGGACAAGCGCAUCGUUAA